GCGUUAGUUAUCAGUGAGAACACAACCCCUCUCCCCUUUUCAGACCAAAUCUAGGUUUCUGUCUCAUGGAUCUGCUACAGUCAUACAAAGGCGACGCCGACGACGAGCAAUUCGAUCGUAACCCUAAUUUCACAACCACCGAUCACUCAUCACCACCAUCUCCAGACUUGUCCCCUCUCCGAAUGUCUCUCCCCUCCAAAUCCUCCGCCCCAAAAGUCGACGACACCAUGCUCGCUCUCACCGUCGCCAAUUCCAACCGAGCCCUAACCAAACCCCUCGACCCCUCCCACCACGUCGUCGCCUUCAACCCCACCUAUGACCAGCUCUGGGCUCCCAUCUACGGUCCUGCCCACCCCUACGCUAAGGACGGCAUCGCCCAAGGCAUGCGCAACCACAAAUUAGGGUUUGUCGAAAACGCCGCCAUCGAACCCUUCAUCUUCGACGAACAGUACAAUACCUUUCACAAAUACGGCUACGCCGCCGACCCCUCCGCCUCCGCCGGGAACAACCACGUCGGCGAUUUGGAUGCGUUGAAGCAAAGCGACGCUAUAUCGGUGUAUAAUAUACCCCAACACGAGCAGAAAAAGAGGAAGCUUGAGAAGAAGAAGGAGGCAACUGAGGGUGAUGAAGCGAACGGUGGUGAUGGUGUGGAUUCGGAAGAGGUUGAGAAUCCGGCGUCGGAGGUUUGGUUGAUGAGGAAUCGGAAGAGUCCUUGGGCUGGGAAGAAGGAGGGUUUGCAAGCGGAGUUGACGGAGGAGCAGAAGAAGUACGCAGAGGAGUAUGCUAAGAAGAAGGGUGAACUGAAGAAUGGCGAAAAGGGUGAGGUUGUUGCAGAUAAGACUACCUUUCACGGGAAGGAGGAGAAGGAUUUUCAAGGCAGGUCGUGGAUUGCGCAUCCUAAGGAUGCCAAGGCUACGAAUGAUCAUUGCUACAUACCAAAGCGUUUAGUGCAUACAUGGAGUGGGCACACAAAGGGUGUUUCUGCAAUCAGGUUCUUCCCCAAACAUGGGCAUUUGAUUCUCUCUGCAGGGAUGGACAGUAAGGUGAAAAUUUGGGAUGUUUGUAAUUCAGGCAAGUGUAUGAGGACUUACAUGGGGCAUGGAAAGGCUGUUCGAGAUAUUUCAUUUUGUAAGGAUGGGAGUAAGUUUUUGAGUGCUGGGUAUGAUAAGAAUAUCAAGUACUGGGAUACAGAAACCGGACAGGUGAUAUCGACAUUCUCGACUGGGAAGAUACCUUAUGUGGUUAAGCUCAACCCGGACGAAGAUAAGCAGAACAUUCUUCUAGCAGGAAUGAGUGAUAAGAAGAUUGUUCAGUGGGACAUGAAUAGUGGGCAAAUUACUCAAGAGUAUGAUCAGCAUUUGGGAGCGGUUAAUACGAUCACAUUUGUAGACAAUAACAGAAGAUUUGUUACCUCUAGUGAUGACAAAUCUCUUCGCGUUUGGGAAUUUGGGAUUCCGGUGGUUAUAAAGUAUAUAAGUGAACCCCACAUGCACUCAAUGCCAUCCAUAUCUCUUCAUCCGAAUACAAAUUGGCUAGCAGCACAGAGUUUGGACAAUCAGAUUCUUAUAUACAGCACUAGGGAAAGAUUUCAGCUCAAUAAGAAGAAGAGGUUCGCUGGGCACAUAGCGGCUGGAUAUGCAUGCCAAGUCAACUUUUCACCGGAUGGUCGGUUUGUCAUGUCAGGAGAUGGUGAGGGUAAAUGCUGGUUUUGGGAUUGGAAGAGUUGCAAAGUUUUUAGAACUCUCAAGUGUCAUGAGGGAGUGUGCAUUGGUUGUGAGUGGCAUCCAUUGGAGCAAAGUAAAGUAGCGACGUGUGGCUGGGAUGGCUUAAUCAAGUACUGGGACUAGCCUUUUCAGCUUUGAAUUCCAAGUUGCAUAAUAUAAAGGUGGAUGAAUCUAGUAUCAGUGCAGAGAUUCCCUGUAGGUCAAAGUGGAUCAAGACUUGCAUUCUGAAACACUGUAGCGUUUUGAGCUAUAGAGUUGAGGGGACUGGUCUUGGUGCUGCAAGAAGAUCCUGAGGAUGAGAGGCAUAAUCAUAUACCUUAUGUCAGAUAUUUUAUUGGAGAUGGCAAUAACACUUCCUUGUGGUUUGACUCUUGGCACCCUUAUGGUAUUAUAGCUGAAGCCAAAGGUGAAACUGUCAUCCAUAGUGGUUGAAAUUAAUUCAAGGUGAUAACUGGUUUUGGCCUAAUGCAAAGAUUGAGGGUGAUCAAAGAGCUUGCUGAAGAUAUCCCACCAUCAACUCUCAAGGGUUGGCUCAAGUGGUUAGUCACUUGGGCUUCAUGAAACAUCAAGGUUUAAGGUUCGACUCCCCUUGAGUGUAAACAAUUCCUUUGGGUGAAAUCCUGAGUUUUACGGUCCUGUGUAGAGGAGUUGCGCUUUACACGGUGUCCUAGGGAAUACCCAAGAGAUCCCACCAUCUCUGCUUGAUUAAUACUGUGGAAAUCUGGCUUGAUCCAAAACCUUAGUUGUGUAAUUUUAGGGAGAAAAUGGAUUCUACUCAUCUCUUUUUACAAUGUUGCUUGGGCAUGGACCUUGAGGAAAACCUAACAGAAUACUACCUGCUAAAUUGGUCCUACAUAAUUUGGUCCUCUGAUGAGAAUAAAUUACUAUUUUGUGGAAAGAGAGGAAUCAAAGGAUGUAUGCUGACAGCUACAAAGACUGUUUCUCAAUCACUGAGCAUGGCCCUUGUUUGAUUGACUCCCAGCUUGUGAUUAUCCCUCUUUCGUAAAGCUUGUAAAGUCUCUGUUUCUGUCCCGAGGCUGAUAGGUGGUCUAGGUUUUUUUUUGGAUAUGUCGCUUCCCUUGGGGGUUAAAUGAAUAAUGAUAAUAGUAAAUAAAAAAACUUAAAUUCAUAAUAAAAA